CCACCAUAAGAGUUCUUAUGCAAAUUGUUUGUACUUUUAUUUCACGAAGCGUUGAUUGUGCUUAGAGAUGUUUUUUAGUUCCUUAAAUUACAAAUUAUAUUUUCAAUUUUCUACAGAGUAAUGACAGCGUGACAGUAUAAUCCUCUAAAGAGUUUAAAAACCCCUAUUGUGUCAACUUGUCAGCUUUUCAAUUUGUGUUUCAAUUUCAAGUACGGUGAAAUUUAAAAACACAGAAAAGGAAUAUUGACAUUACAUACAUCUAAAUGUGUAUGAAAUUUGACUAAAGUUACGAAUAGAAUACGUUACAGUGAGCAAUUUAAAAAAAAUGUGUCCAAUUAAAGAAAAAUUGCGAACUUACAAUUUUGUGCAAAUAACUGUAUGAGUGUUUUGAGUGAUUAUUUACCAUAUGAAAUUAAAUAUUACUGUCGUUUAGUGUGUUGUUGAUAAAUUUGAAGUAACAUUAAUAGAAAUCUUAUGUUUGUGCAGCAACUGUUCCGUUGACUGAGUUAUAAUUGAGCUACAAUCAAAUGAUACAGGUCCUUAAAUAAUUACAAUGAGUUCUAAUGCAAUGAACAAGAAAAAGUACAAACAUAGCUCUUAUUGCUGUGUGCCUCAAUGUUUCAACCACGACAGGGAAGGUUUAAGCUUUCACAGUUUUCCCUCCGACGAAAAGCUAAAGAAGCAUUGGGAGACAAUAUUGAAGUUGCCAAAACCAGCAUCUCGCUUUGUCAGAGUGUGUUCGGAGCAUUUUGUCAAACACGAUUUUCAUCCAGGUUCUAACAGACAGAGACAUAGGUUGAAAAAGAAUGCAAUACCAAGAUUAAAGCUCCCAAAAACAGUACCUAAAUCUGUGACAAGAUCUACACCUAAGAUGUUAAAGGAUGAAACGAAGCAGAAUGAAAAUAUCGAUGUUGUGGAAUGUCGCGCUUGUUUGCAAAAGUGCCGUGAAGGAGAGAGAUAUGAAUUAUUUAAAUGCUGGGAACCUCCAUGGAGUGGAAUGGAAAAUACAGUUGUUGAAGAUUUAAUUAAAUUGACUCAUGUACAGAUACUAGAAACGGAUAAGCAUUCCAAAAUACUCUGCCACUAUUGUUACAAAAUGUUGCAAAAGGCUAACAACUUUGUUCAACUAGUACGUAAGACAGAUGAAGUUUUAAAGCAGAGGUUUAUAGAAGAAAACAAUGGAGCUGAUGAUUAUUGGCCCAAACCUAUACAGAUUGAUAAAAAUAUGGAUAAUUUGUAUGAUAAUGUAAAGAUAAAAGAAGAAGUUCCAUCGGAUGAUGAAUCUUAUGGACAUAUGAAUGGUACUGAGCAAAUGCAGGAAUAUCCAAAAUUAGACAUUAAAAUAGAAGCCGAAGAAUGGGAUGAACAUGAACCUGUGAGAAUAAAUGGCACCAUAUCUCUUAGUCAACUCAAUGCUGAAAUGGCCAAGCUACAUGAAUCUCCAACACCAAGUAAACAUGAGGAUGAUGAGAACAUGAAUAGUGUUGUAACAAACGGUGCAGAUGAUAUUCCUAGUUUAGAAACUAAGAUCAAAGAUGAGCCCCUCAGUGAAGAUGAUAUAGAUGAAAACGUAGCUCCAGACUUGCCUUUAGAGUGUUUAUUGUGUAUGAAAUCAUUUCUGAGUAUCAGCGGACUUAAGGCCCACGUUAUAGCACAACAUUCAUACAAAACAGUGAAGAGAAAACAUAGUGACAGCAGCAGUCCUGAAAAGAGUCAAUUUCUGUACACCUGUAGCAUCUGCCAGAGGAAGUUCGAAACGUCAACGGACCUGAUGGUGCACGAGACGUGCCACAACAAGUGCGUGUGCUACGUGUGCAGUGCGAGCUUCGACACGUUCGACGCGCUUACCGAGCACCGGCGCACUUGUGCGGGGGCGGAGGGGAGACUGGGCCGCGUGGUCACCCUGCACGAUGUCAAGAGGCCUAACAAAUCGGCCAUAGAACUAGAAUGUCCACACUGCCCUGAGACGUUUACAGACGCGUAUUAUAUGGACAUACAUUUAGAAAUACACCAUCCGUCAAAUGACGUAUGUUCGCCGAAAAGUUCUGAAGAAGAGAAUAUGGAGGUUGAGGCUCUCGAAAGCUUAUUGGAGGAGACUUAAGUGUUUCGAAUACGGGCUUAUGAUUGGUCCAUUUAAAUUCAAAAUAAAUUUGUUGGUGCACAUUCUGCCUCUUGAUUGGACAAUGCGUGUGUUCAUUCGUAAUGUUCUGGCGUUGAUUGGCUACACAUGAAACUUGUUCUGGUUUUAAAAACAUUCUCCUUUCAAAAAAAUUUUUGUUGUAAGAUGUUGCCAGUAAAUUGUGUAUGUAGUUAAUAUCCUGCUGUUAUAUGAUUGUGUUUAAUUCAUUUUAAAAUGUAGACUUUUGAACAACUUAAAAAAAUUGUACGCCAAAUAAUUAGAACCAUGAUGUCGAGUAUGUUUUAUUAUGGAGAUGUAAGCUUAUAUUUUGUAUGAAAUACUAGCGCCUCAUCCGGCUUCACCCGUGCUACAUAUAUGUAGCUAAUAGCACUCGGGGAUUACGUAGUAUCGAAUGAUGAAAGAUUUUUUUAAAUCGAUCCAGUAGUUUCUGAGACUAGCGCGUUCAAAUACACAAACUCUUGUUUUUUUGUUACUUUAAUGAUUAUCACAGAAAAAUAAUAUGUUAUGGCAAGGUUUAAAUUCUAUGUUGCCCUACACUUUAUCCAAAUAGAAUUUGUACAUAAUUGAAUAGAUGAAACAAACAUACACAAACACAAUAAUAUGCAUUUUUGUUACUGGUUACUAUUGAUCUAAUUUAUUUCUAACCAAUUGGGGAGUUUUAAUUUAAGGUAACCGGCGCUAUCUUGGCUUUAGUUAUUUAGCAGUAUAUUUCAAGUAAUUGAUUAUAUAAAUUGAAAGGCAAGUAAAAAUAAACAUUGAAAUGUUUUGUCGGUAAAAUUUUGUUUCUUUUUAAUUUGAUGAGUGUUUUGUAAGAAUCCGUAGUACGUAAAAUCUGUACAUUAUUUUAAUGUGUUCAAAUUCGAGGCAAGAUAAAGAUUAAAAGAAGUGUGAUUGGUGCAUUUGAAUGGUUUUAAAUGUGAUCCGAGUAAAGAAAUUUGUAAUUUUAAUAUGUAUUGUGUAUGUAUAGGUUAGUAUUUGUGAACUGUAUGAAUUCAUUGUAUAUUGUCAUAAGUGUAAAUACUCAUUGUAUUCAAUAUACAUGAUUUUAAUAGAU